AUGUUUGAGUACGAGCCGAAACCGAAACGCCGGAAUAGAAUGGCACACCUCAGCCUCUCCAAAGCCCAAAAAACCAAGGAAUGGUCCACUAAUAGUUUGUGCCUCAAGGCCAGACAGUCAAUCAACACUUUUACCGAGAGGUUCUUGAAAGACUACGAUAAGGGUCAUGAGUUUGUCGUGCAAUUCAGAUUGUUGAACUUAAAGAUUGAAGCUCUUAAUUGUGAGGAUGUCGAAAACGAACACGACUUUGACAGAAACGUACGCGGCUUGAAGUCCAUGAUUCAGUACCAACAGUACCUAAUGAGAUAUGUCAAAGAUUUGAAUGAAUUAUUAUAUGUGCCACUUGCACUAAUGAUGAUCACUAGUGUCUUCUUAAUGUGUUUAAACAUGUACACCCUAACUACAAGUGAAGGGACUAUGGUUGAUAGUGGUAGAGUUAUGUUAACUUCUUUCGCCUUAGUCGUGGAAUUUCUUAUUGUAUAUGGCCUUUCAGCGCAGUUAUUAAUGGACGAGUCAGAAGCUACAGCAGACAUGAUAUAUUUUGAGUGCGAAUGGUACUUACCGAAUUUACGGCCCUUGCGAAAAUAUUUUUUAAUUAUGAUGACCCGAAGUCAGAAAGAUGUUUGUAUAAGGGCUGGAAAUUAUCAUAUGAUUAAUAACAGGACUAUUCUAGUUAUUAUGAGAACAGCUUACAGCUUUUAUACUUUCCUACAAAAAGUAGCAUAUGUCAAAGAAUGA